ACAGCACGGACACCAGUGUGCCAAAUGUAAACAGACGCGGGAAACUUCAGCGUAACUAUCAGCAUCAGCCCACAUUACUACAGAACAGAGAUAUCAUAUAUAUAUAUAGAUAUAUAUAUAUAUAUAUAUAUAUAUAUAUAUUACAUACAUAGAGAUAUAGAGAUCUAUCUAUGAAAACAGAAGAGGUGCGCAGUAUCAGUGUGCAGUCAUGGCAGACAUUUUAGCACUCGUGUUCAGGACUUUUGGGUCACAAACAGACCCCAGACCUCCACCCUGCAGCACCCUGGUGGUCGGAGACCCCAGACCUGCAGCCCCCCCAGCCUGCAGCACCCUGGUGGUCGGAGACCCCAGACCUCCACCCUGCAGCACCCUGGUGGUCGGAGACCCCAGACCUCCACCCUGCAGCACCCUGGUGGUCGGAGACCCCAGACCUGCAGCCCCCCCAGCCUGCAGCACCCUGGUGGUCGGAGACCCCAGACCUCCACCCUGCAGCACCCUGGUGGUCGGAGACCCCGGACCUGCAGCCCCCCCAGCCUGCAGCACCCUGGUGGUCGGAGACCCCGGAAUCGGCCGCUCGGUGCUGCUGCUCGCGGCCGUGGCAGCGGCCUCGGAGAUGGGGGUCAAAGUGAUGUUCUUCAGCCAGACUCAGAUCCAGAGCCUCCCGGUGUCGCUGCAGAAGUGUGUUUCAGGCCUGAGCCCGGAGAGUCUGAAGAGAAUCCAGUUCUCCUACCCCCGGACGCUGGAGGAGCUCCUGCAGCAGGUGGCGAGCCUCCACGAGUCCUGCAACACGUGUCCCACGCCGGCGUCCCUGAUCAUCGUCGACAGGCUGGGGGGCUUCCUGCGAGGCUCUGGGGGCGGCCCCCACCCAGGCGAGCCGUCCCGCGCUGCACACCUGGCAGCGCUGCUGUGCGACAGCGCCGCCUUCCUCACACGACUCCUGAAGCAGCGCCGCUCGAGCGCGGCCCCGUGCCGAGUCAUCGCCUCUCUGCAGCCGGAAGAGGACGCGGUGCGAGCCGGCGCCGAGGCCUCGGCCGCAGAUCCGAUCCUGGAUGUUCUGGAUCGCUACUUCCAGGUGCGCUGCACUCUGGACCGAGAGAGGAGUUAUGAAGCUGCAGCAGCUGGACUGCAGGAGGUGUGGCACGUUUACCUCUCUGGGACUGGCCUGUCUGGGACUGGCCUCUCCGGUACCGGCCUGUCUGGGACUGGCCUGUCUGGGACCGGCCUGUCUGGGACUGGGACCGCUGCCCUGACCAAAGACUGUGAGGACAGACCAGCUGUGGCCCAGGAGUGGCAGCUGUUCAUUUCUCCUGAUGGUUCAAUGCAGUUUAAGUUGGUUUGAAAAUGUCGCAGUGGGAGAAAAAGGCUGAAUCUCCGUUCCCUUAAAGGAUACUCCAAACAGUUUGUUGAAAUAGUUCUUAUCCCGGUCUCCCCUGGCUGUAGAUAGGUGGGCCAACGCAGUUUUUGUCUCAGAGCAAGUAAUUAGGUUGUUUUUUUGUCUUUUGUUGGCUCACUUUUACUCACA